UGCUAUUACAGUAUCGAAGUUCCAGCAAAAUUGUAAUUAUAUUAGAAUAAAAAAAUUAAACUCUUCACUUAAUUUUCAGAUCUCGUAUUUUAUUUACUGUAAUAUUCUUAUUGGUCGCAUGAUGACCCAACCCUCAAAGUAUCAUGAUAGAUCAUCACUUACGUAACGAUUAAAUGUAUGCAUUUGGAAUGCACGAUUUAGCAAUAGAAUGCCUUCGAUUACAAUCUCCUAUUCCUUAUUUCUAGGUGCUGCACCGUCACAUAAAGAAUCACGGAAAAAUUGUGGAUUCAUUGGUGAAAUUAUGCGAGAGGACAGAUGGUAAAUGCAACACGAUCAACGCUAGAAUCGCAAAUGGCAUUGAAAAACGCUGGCUUCGUUUGUUCUUGAGGUGCUUCGACUGGCAGGUAUAUUUGGAGUCCCUUCCUAAAAAGCACAAUUUUAGGAAUUCGGCAACGUCAUCGGACAAUUCAGAGAGCGAUUGUUACCGAGAACCAGCUUGCAAGUAUCCUCGGUUAAGUAGAAGAGAAAGAUGCAAGACAACCAACCGGCAACAGUUUGAAGACUACUCUUCCAGCGAGGAUGAGAGCGACGGAAUGAGUGACAACGGAGACGACCCCGCAACAGAAAACGGAACUGAUGUUUUAGACCACGGAAAGGCUCCCUCAGAUUUCACCAAAGUCGAAAAGAAAGCACCCAAUUUAGCAACAUAUUAUUUUAAGCACAUAGACACUGACUCAGAAAUGGAUAAGCUAGAUCACCGUGCCAUAUCAAAAGUAGAUACGCAAAGCACCUUGGGGGAGACUUCCGAGGAGGAAUGGACCUACACGAAAACGAAUCAUACUACGAAAACCAGCGACCAGGAGGUACCAACCACUGAUGAAACCGAAGAAAAAAUCGUCCCGAAACCCAAACCCAUCCCAGAAGAUACGAUAAGGCGGCUAGUUCUGAAAGCAGAAGAGCUGGUCAGUCCGGACAAAUGUCGGAAAAAUUCUGUGAACAAACCAUCGAAAGUGAACAAAUGGCUAUGCUUGGAAAGACCGGAUGAUAGUUGCGAUGCAAGUGGUGAAGAUGACGAAAAAGAAUCACAAACUUCGGAAGAUGUCGAUGCUAGCACCACAACUCUCAGGGAAAUCAAUUGUUCACAAUCAAAAAAUUCGUUUGACGAAUUGAAUACGAGCUCGGAAAGCAACCAGUGGUGUGGAUCGUGUAUGUCAAAUUUGGACGAUGUUUCCAAUACCACAGUUAUAAACAACUUUUCAAUAUCGGAGUCUGCCCUACACAAAAUGAACCUAACGCCUAAAAUUAUGGACAGAUUCUCGGCAAGUGCAAAUAACUUUAACCUCACAUCAAAUAAUUCUACGUCGUCGACAGUGGAGGAAAUAUCGCCACUGGUUACUGAAAAAACGUCACCUGCCAGAAGAAAGAAGUCGAAACUCAAAAAGAAAACACUGUUUGGGAAGUCGGACACUCACUUGUCGUGCGGUUCAGUUUCGCAAAAACACAGGAAUCUUCUAAUAAAAUCAGGAUCUUUUUCUGGAUACAGCACAAGCAGAUAUUUGAAUAAUGACAGACACAGUAUCAGUGAUCCACCGACUUCACAAACAUGUACACGAGGACCUUGUGAAACUUCGACGACAAGCGGGGCAGAUAGUGACGAGGAAUUUUCUAGAAGGGUGCCAAAUUUCAAAUAUGGAUGGAAAACGCGAUAUUUGCACAACACAGAUCUGAGAGAAAAUAGCUCGGGGAAAAAUAGUCUAAAUGCUACAGAGGAACAAUCCAGUUCACUAUCAGAACAGGCAUGGGAUAACUACCAAGAAAAUUACUUGUCUGAAGCAUACAGCGAAUCCCACGAUUCGGACGCAGCAAGGAGAUUAUUGAAUUUCGGCGAAGAUUAUCGGAACUUCAUUGACAGUCAAUCAGAUUGGUCGGCAUUUUCUGACAUGUCUCCAACGUUCAGGCGAAAGAAAUUGAUUGUUCAAAACGCCGAAGAUCAAAUGAAUGAACAGGAAUCACUGAAGCAAUUGGUCAAUGAUUCCAGAGAUCAGCUCACGUAUACUGAACAGCUGUACAGGCAAAUGAAAUUGGGACUUGAAAAUCACCUCAUACCAAACGACGAGGACCUGAUUCCGUCCUGUGAUAGGCAUAUCGCAUUACUGAGCCACAUGAACGAGUCGUCGGACACCUACAAGAUGACUAUGGGGGACAGGGCGGUGACAACAGGCCUGCUAACUCAGUGGCGGGUACUGAAAGUUCGGUGUAUGAAGAUGCAAGAAUACAGAAGGUUGCAGAAACAGAUCUUGGAGUUGAAGGCAUUCAUAACAUCCGCGAAUAUGCCAGACAAGAACACAGUAUUUCCAUCGAACAUCGAAAUGGAAGAUAUACACAACGAAAUCGACAGCUGCAAUCAACUGUUGGAGACAAUCGGAAACAAUCGUGCAAAGUUGAGUUUCCUCAACGCCAUAGUACAUCGGUUCAUGCUGGAAAAUCAAGAGUCUGAAGACUUUGUCGACUGCUCAUUGAAAAUAGAAGUAUCAGAGCUGUACGAGCUGUUUGACAAUGCCAGAGUUAGCGCUACCGAUAAACUGUACCAAAUGGAAAGCCUGCUUCCCGCAUGGAAAACCCUCGAGUCAAGAUUAGAGCAACUUCAAAAAGAUCUCAAAGAAGACGACAAAACUAUUCAUCUUCUAGACUCGUCUUUGUCAAAUGGCACCUUCACCGAUCAAACAGCAAAUUCCGUCAGAGAUAUCGCGAAAAUUCUGUCGGAGACCACCGCAAGACAGGGUUAUCAUCCGCUCCAAGAAAUGUUCACAGAAGGCUCAUUCUCAGACAGUGGUAUCUCUGACGAGGGUUCCGAGCAUGAGAUCGGUGAACGACAGGGAAGAUUGGCUGCCAUACGAAGAUUGGUGCGUCAGCUGGAGGUAGGUCUGUCUCCUGACUCGAAGGCCAGACAGAUGAUGAGGGACAAGCUCCUCACGGCUGAAGAGGAACUGAAGACGUUGCAGAUCAAAUGCAGAUCACUUAUCGCCAAGACGGCUGCGUGUUCUAUUGCGUCCUCGGAGAGGCAGAGCCAACAACAAACUCCACGCAAGGACCCACAGUCGCUACCAUUGAAAACGGCUGGUGACAGCGGUGACCCAGGUAAAGAUCCACACACAAAAUCAUGGUACAAACGUUUGUUCAGGGCGUCUUUGACCUUCCAACUGGUUAUAAUAACUUUUGUGUGCCUAAGUUGCUUUUAUGAGCCUCAGUGUUGCGAUUAUAUGAACAACUAUUCUUGGUCUAUCAGUCCGAAGUUUCACUACGAAGGCAGGCCUCCAAUAUGAGCGUAUUAGGCAUAUCAGGGGUUAGAAUACCUUUUUGGUGCCGCAAGAGUUUUCGAUUUUGUAGGCAUAUACGUUCCGAAUAUGUCAAUACAACUUGCCGUUGGGAGAAAAUAAAAUGUGGACUCAGAAACUACCGAUUCGCCUUUGAACAAAAAAUAAAAGAAAGUCCCGGUGGAAAAGUAUUCAUUACACAAAUUUCCAUGCAUUCUUUGUUAUCUUCAAAACUAUAUUUUAUCACGAAACUCUUCUUCUGAUUUUGUAUUAAUGAAAAAAGCGAACAGGUCAGCAAAAUAAAAUUCACUGUUUUUUUUUUUCUAAAAAUUGAUGUUCAUUUUCGUGUGUAAUAUUUAUACGUUUCCACUUUGUUACAAGACAGAUAGCUCGUGCUGAUUUUGAAAGCUUUUUCAUAAGCUGUAGAUAGGGAAUCACAAUUCCACCAUACCUUCUUCGGAAUGUGUAUGGAUAAUUUUAUUCUCUGCUAAAUAACCAGAUUUGGAAUGAUCUGGGAGAUAUAAUUGAUUUUUUUUUCUCCGUCAUUUUUGAAGAAUAUUCUAUUUUUGUAAAUGAUUGAAGAAUAUUUAUAAAGACAAACUCAUCAUGAAUAUGUCAGAAGGUAGUUUCAUAAUUUACGAAAAAUCAGAUAUAAGAGGAGAUAUGAUUAAUUUUAUUUUUUCCGUCAUUUUUGAGGAGAAUCCUAUUUUUGUAAACGAUUGAAGAAUAUUUAUAAAGACAAACUCAUCAUGAGUAUGUUAGAAGGUAGUUUCAUAAUUUACGAAAAAUCAGAUAUAAGAGGAGAUAUGAUUAAUUUUAUUUUUUUCCGUCAUUUUUGAGGAAAGUCCUAUUUUUCUAAAU